AAAUGGCAACAUCAGAGCUUGAAUCGCUUAUUAAGGAACCCGAUGAAAGUUCAAUCGCGAAUCAUGUCGUCGAUUUUCUCAAUUCUCGCUUUAAUGAACUGGAAGAUCUGGGGAAGUUGAAUACAGUACUGUCCGAAGUAAAAAAUAAUGAACAGAAAUUGAAUGAAAAGUAUAUUAAAACACAGUCUAAAACUUCAGAAAUACUCAAACAAUCUCUUCAAGCCUUCAACUCUACAGUCACAGAACUUGAGGAUCUUCAGGCCACACGUCUAGAACUUGAAGAUGUAUUAACUGAUUAUUGUAAUAACGUGACUUCAUCCAAUCUAUCGAAUUUACAAGAAAACGUUUCAAAUAAUAAGACACUAAUGGAUGAGUUAACCAUGCUGCAACAACAGAUUGACAGCCUAUUAAGAUCAAAGCAGUAUCUCAAAGUGUUAGUUGUCGCCGAAGAAUUGAGUGCACAGACGAAACAGUUAAUUGAAAGAUCGCCUCAUAAAGCCCUUAAUCCAUAUAUUCAACUUGCGAAUCUUCUGCAUAGCAUAAAAUCUAAGAGCAAGGAUACUGGCCAUGUGGUCACUCAUUUGGACGUGUUUUUGCAACAAAGUGUGGAUGUACUUUGGGAAGACAUGAAAGAUAAAUUGAAAAAGAAAUUUCAACAAUCACUUGAUGCGCUUAAUUGGCCAACGCCAGUGGAACUUCCAUAUCCACAAGUCACAACUGACAAGUUAUCAUCAUUUAAAAAAGCAUUUACUGAAUUACUUUUAUUACAAAGGCCGAUUAAUAUUUCAGAUGAAUCAAUCAAUAAUAACUACACAAUUACAAGCAAAAACAAAUCAUGA